UCAUUUCAUUUCGCAUAACCCCUGUGUGUCGAAGGUCGGUCGUCGAGUGUAUCACUUUUGUUCAAAUACUUUUCAAUUGCACCCGCUUAAAAGAAUUAUUUAACGGUAUUAAAAUGUUCAAGCAAGUAAGCAAACAAUUAGCUUUCCAAGCUACCAGGAACUUCUCCACCAGCAAGCAGAACAACUUCAAAGUUACUGUUUGUGGUGCUAACGGUGGCAUUGGACAACCCCUCUCGUUGUUGCUGAAGUUGAACCCAUUGGUAACGCAAUUGAAUUUGUACGAUAUUGUGGGAACACCCGGUGUUGCUGCCGAUCUCUCGCACAUCGACACUUGCAGCUCCACUCAAGGAUUCAAGGGACCCGAAGAGUUGGGAGCCGCCUUAAAAGGUGCUGAUGUUGUCGUUGUAUCCGCUGGUGUACCCCGUAAACCGGGUAUGGACCGAGAUGACUUGUUCAACAUGAACGCCGGUAUUGUCAGGGACAUUGCUGAUGCCGUUUCGAAAAACUGCCCCAAAGCAUUACUCGCCAUCAUCACCAACCCCGUUAACACUGUUGUUCCAAUUGCUGCCGAAGUUCUUAAGAAGAACGGUACAUACGAUCCAAAACGUCUUUUUGGUAUUACCACAUUGGAUGUUGUUCGUUCACGAGCAUUUAUUGGUCACGGCAACAACGUUGACCCACAAUCAGUAGAAAUCCCAGUUAUCGGAGGUCAUUCUGGUGUGACAAUCAUUCCAGUUCUGUCCCAGAGCCAGCCCAAAUACUCCAAAGAAAUCGAACCACUCACCAAGAGAAUCCAAGAUGCCGGUACUGAAGUUGUCAAAGCAAAGGCUGGAGCUGGUUCUGCUACUCUUUCAAUGGCUUACGCUGGAGCUCGUCUUGCCAAUUCUCUUUUGAGAGGAUUGAAUGGCGAACGUAAUGUCAUUGAAUGUUCAUACGUCGAAUCUACUGUCACCGAAGCACGAUUCUUCUCAACACCUGUUGUUUUGGGAAAGAAUGGAGUCGAAGAGAAUCUUGGCUUACCAAAAUUGAACGACUACGAAAAGAAACUUUUGGUUGAGGCUCUGCCUGAACUCCAGAAGAACAUCAAGAAGGGUGUUGAUUUUGUUGCCAAGUCUUAGAGCAAUUGUUUAAGUGCAACGGUAGUGUCAAUGUAUUUUUUGUUUUUGUUAUUCACUUAUCCGAUUACGAAAUAAAAGUUAAAAGCCAAUAAAAAAAAAAAAAAAAAAACAAAUUGGAUAGGAGAAAAUA